GGCUGAUAAAAAACACCGGCUUUUCUUGCAUUCGCGCUAUUUUGUUGAAUUUUUCUGAUUAAAAGUGUAUAUUGGCGUGCCAAAAUUUCUCAAAAUGAAGGACUUAAAACUAAAGGCCAUGUACAACAACGUGAUAUCGCAAGCCAUUUCGGAGUCUGGCCGUUUUUUGUUUGCCGGCAAUCGCUUUGGUGAUAUUUUUGUCCAAGACCUUCAUGAUCUAGAAAAAAGUGAUGCUCCUCGGUCCAAGGUACGCGUUUUCCCACAGCCUGCCCAAACGGAGAUUAACAGCCUUUGUUGCCAUCGUGAUUUCCUUAUCGUGGGUGCCAUUGGCAUCAUAUAUGGCCUAAGCUGGAACGAAGAAAAACGGGAACUGAGCACUAUCCGCAAAUGGGAGGUUAAAAUUCCGCUCGACGUAGAUGCCGUUGAGGUACCCGAUGUAAAUUUUCUGUGGCUACGCGCAGAAACAGACACACUAUAUGCCGGUUGCGGCGACAAUGUAAUUUAUCAAAUUAAUUUGGAAAAUGGCAGCAUCGUAAGGGACUACCGUGGUCACACUGACUAUAUACAUGGUGUAGCAGGCAACGAAAAAGGACGCAUCUUUUCCGCUUCCGAAGAUGGAACGGUACGAUUUUGGAGUGAACAACAGAAAGAAGCAAUCGGCAAAUUAGCACCAAGUGAAAAUGCUCAAUUAAUGCGGCCAGAGUAUGGGAAAUGGAUAGGCGCAGUUGCGACAAAUGAAGAUUGGUUAAUUUGUGGAGGCGGACCAAAGUUUUCCAUAUGGCAUUUGGGCACAAUGGAAUGCAUGCGCGAUUUCACUUUUCCAGGUAAGGUGCACGUUUGUGAUUUCGUAGAGGAAAAUCUAUUUGUGGCUGGCGAGCAUAGCCAUGCACAGUUUUAUGCGAUGAAUGGUGAUAUACAUGCCAAUGUACCCUUGGAACACACAGCAGCCUACUCAGUGGUGUGGCAGCUGGAGCCAAUAAAAUUCAUGUCCAUUGCAGGCUACAGCAACAAAUUGCAUAUAUUAAAUGAUUUUCGCUUCUUAGAUAGUAAAAUUGAAUUAUACGGAAAUACAGAGUAAUAUUAAACCGCUCAUGAGAAUAA